UUGUAGAGCAUUCAAAAUGUUUGACAUAUUAUUUCAUUAACUUUAUUAAAAUUAGCGAUUUAUUCAAAAUACUAACUACUUUUGAACUACUAUUUACAACUAACAGAUCAGAAUGUCCAAAGCAACUAAACGCAAACAUGUUGUUAAAGAAGUGCAGGACUUGAGUGUUCCUACCGAAUCCCAGUCGAUCGUGCGCAUACUCGAAUCUCGCGGUAACAAUCUUCACGAAGUUGAAGAUGCCAUUAGCGAACAGUACCUUGUGUCAAUGCCAACAAAGUUCCGGCGAAACAUCUGGGUGAAAAGAGGCGAUUUUGUGCUUGUAGAGCCAAUACCAGAGGGGGACAAAGUGAAGGCGGAAAUUGUUAAAAUAUUAACACGGGAACAUCAAAAGUGGUAUCGAGCUCAGAACUGUUGGCCAAAAGAGUUCGACAAAGCCUCAAAGACAAAUCAUGAAACAACGAACAAAGGUGGAGAAGACAAUGAUAGCGACGAAGAUGACCUUUUUGUAAAUACAAAUAGACUACAACAGAAUUCUGAUAGAACAGAUAACGACAACGAGUCGAGUUCCGACGAAUCCGAUUCUAGUUAACUCUUGUACAGCGGUAAU